AUGGAUAUCGUACUAGAAGUUUGUGACUAUUAUAUGUUUGACAGGCUUUAUGCCGGUUUGUUGCCUCAUGGUGGUUACGUGGACAAACUCAUCCAGUCAAGUCCCCUUUUGUCUUCACUUUCGAGCUUUUCGAUAUCAAAAGCAUUCAAUUCGGCAGCUGGAGCAACAGCAGCAGCACCGGCAUCUUUAUACAACGGCACUUUUGCUUCGGACUCGAUACAGGUCAAUGUGAGUAGCUUAAACAGUGCCAACUUGCCUAGUUAUCUUUUCGGUAAAUUGAUGAGUUUGCAGCAUCAGGAUGACAUUUAUGGCUUAAAGCCAAGAUACUUGCCCGCUGGCGAGCAUUUUGCCAGCUCCCUAUUGUCGAGAUCAAACUUGUUUAGAGAAGCAUUGAGCAUUCUCGUGGUGACCACCAUAUUUGGAUGGCUAUUGUAUUUCUCCGUUGCGUACCUCAGUUACCAAUUUGUCUUUGACAAGAAAAUCUUUAACCACCCGAGGUAUUUGAAAAAUCAAAUGGUUUUGGAGAUCCACCAGGCAGUCACUGCCAUUCCCGUCAUGGUGGCCUUGACCAACCCCUUUUUUUUACUAGAACUCAACGGGUUCUCCAGACUUUACAUGAAUAUCAACGAGUCCACCGGCGGAUGGAAAGCGGUCUUGUUGCAAAUCCCCACAUUUAUCUUGUUUACCGAUUGCUUGAUCUACUUUAUUCAUCGGGGCUUGCACUACCCCUCAGUGUACAAACGGUUACAUAAACCCCACCACAAGUGGAUCGUGUGCACACCAUUUGCCUCACAUGCGUUCCAUCCAGUUGACGGCUGGGCGCAAAGUUUGCCCUACCAUAUCUAUCCAUUCUUGUUCCCACUUCACAAGGUGUUGUACUUAUUCCUUUUCACCUUUGUCAAUUUCUGGACAGUGAUGAUCCACGAUGGUAAUUACAUGUCGAAUGACCCCGUGGUUAAUGGCACUGCCUGCCACACCAUCCACCAUUUGUAUUUCAACUAUAACUAUGGACAGUUUACCACGUUAUGGGAUAGAAUCGGUCGAUCAUAUAGAAGACCCGAUGAUUCCCUAUUUGUGAAGGACGAAAAGGAGGAAGAAACGAAGAAGAUGUGGAAGAAUCAAGUUGUGCAGAUGGAGGAAAUAAGGAACGAAUUGGAAGGUAAAGUCGAUGACAGAGUCUACAUUGAACAUGAGUAA